AUGCUCACUUACCCUACGACUGUACGUAAGGGUCUCAUCACUGAACCAUCUUCUGCUGUCUACCAUCCCGACGCUGUCCACAUCCUACAAGACGACCACUUCCUCCCCGAUCUUCCCCACGACGUCUGCUUCCAGCCUCAAUUGCAGUCUCCUUUUCAAUAUACUCCUGACGUCCAUUUCGUCUCCCCACCCUCUUCUGCGCCUCCUUCGCCCAUCUUCUCCUUUUCCUCCUCGCCGGCAUCGUCGCCUUCUAACCCGGUCGCGACUGAGUAUUCGACUGCCGGCGGUCACAGCAACAAUAGCUCUUUUCUCGAGGCUCCUUCGAUGACACCUACAUCUUCUUACAACCCCUCCAUCCAGAUUCAGCAGUCUACGUCACCACCUGCUUCGCAACCUUAUCUUGCACCAUCCUCCCAAUAUUAUCAACAACAACCCUACUUCUUUGACGACGCUUCCAUGUUAGCGCAGCAGCAACCUGUGACCAACAACCACGGCUGGGACAGCAACCUGCAGCUGCUGAGCCCGGCUCACAUUCCAGCGAACGGCCUCCCACGGGUACCCUCGCCUAACACGAAGAAUGCCCAUCGGAAAUCCAGCAGUAGCAGUGCGCCCGUUUCCAAGCCGCUUCCCACGCCCGUUCAGACUCCCAUCCAGAACUCCUUCCUUGCAACACCUUUCCAGAGCUACGAUCCAUCGUCGCAGAAUGGGAAUUCAGAUGCAGAGAUUGCGAUGAGACAGGCCAUGUUGGAACAACAACAACAACAAAGGUCGCACCAGCACCAGCGCAGUGAUCAUUCACUGGCGCCUUCAGUAUCGACUGUCAGCCAUAACUCCCCGGUGACUCCUCAGACGAGUUAUGACGAUAUCGAUGAUGCGUCCAAGGUGAUGGCCAAUGGUGAGGACCUAUCUCUCGGUGUUGACACGUGGAUGAAUGAGUACUUACAAUUCGAUCCGCGAUCAGAAUACAAUAAUAACUUCAAUGGAAGCACGAUGGGGAUACCGAAGCUGAAUCGCACCAUUUCCGACAUUUACCAAGAUGAACUCUACAACACGGCUAUCAUGCCCGCCUCGCAGGUUUCCAAGAAGCCUAGCGGCAACCAACAGAUGCUCAACCCCUACCGCAACGUCUUUGCCGAUCGACUCCAGGCAGCCAACCAAGGCCACUUGUCUGCACGACAGUCUAUCAACCGCGAACGAUCUCCCUUCCGGCAAAACUCGCCUCUGGCAGCUGAGUUCACCAAUGUCGCCCUGCAACCGUCGUCGCAGCUCAACACCAGCAUGCCUAUCGCCCAGAAUGGCGUACACAUGCCCCAGACGACUGCCCCAGGGGAGCCCAAGACCAUGUCCCCUAAGGAUGCGCUCUUGGACUUCAACGAGGGCGAGGAUGCGGCCAUGCCUCCGUUGUUCUCGAAUCAAUCGGACUUCAACUUGGGCGACGCCCUGGGCCAGCUACGACGUGAAAGCUCUUCAUCGUUCCGACAGCCCCAGAACUUCAACACUAUGGAGUCGUACGCUAGUCAAUACCCGACCGCAGGAGUGCCCCAGCAGUACCCCUUUGUGACUCCCCAGGCAGCAUCACAGCAUGAACGACGCCUGUCACAGCCGCAGCCGCAGCCGCAGCAGAACAACCUGUUGCAGCAGACUCCUGAAUUCCCUGCGUCUCUGCCUAGCCUCGAGUCCACUGGUAGCGAGGGACUUCCCAGCACUGAGAUGUCACCGCCGGAAGCACCUGCUAAGGUGAAGAGCCUCUCGCGACCGGCCAACACGUCUUCUGACAGCGGCACUUACACGUGCACCUACCAUGGCUGUACCCUACGGUUUGAAUCCCCUGCUAAGCUUCAAAAGCACAAGCGUGAAGCUCAUCGGCAGACCACGCCCGGUGGCCACCUGCUGACGCGGGAUGUAUCGGCCCGCAACUCACAGGCCGGUCCUCACAAGUGCGAACGGAUUAACCCAUCUACGGGGAAGCCAUGCAAUUCGGUGUUCUCUCGACCUUAUGAUUUGACGCGACAUGAGGAUACGAUCCACAAUGCACGUAAGCAAAAGGUUCGCUGUCACCUCUGUACUGAGGAGAAGACCUUUUCCCGGAACGAUGCGUUGACCCGGCAUAUGCGAGUGGUUCACCCUGAAGUCGAUUGGCCCGGCAAACAGCGACGCAGAGGCCGAGAGUAG